AUUACUUUUGAAGAUGUGAAUAAAACAACAGACAUGAACAAUAUAAAUAUGGGGUACUCGCAAUCGAUGGUUUUCAUUCGAUUAAGGAAUUGUCAUCAGUGCGCAUUAAAAGUUUAGUCGCAAGAAAUAAGUAGAAAGUGUAUUCAGAUUUACAUAGUGGAAAAUGGCAUUGUUAACAGAUAGUUGGAGAAUCCAUACCUUAGCACUUUUGAUUGGAUUCGUUACGUUGGUUUAUUUCUAUGCCAGACGAACGUAUUCGUAUUGGGAGAGAAAAGGCUUCGCCUAUUUACCGGAUUUUAACUAUGUCUUUGGACAUUUUAAGCCGACAUUUUCACAGCAAGAGAGCAUGGGAAUGCUCGUGUCGCGAAUUUACAACUCAACCAAAGAGCCAUUCAUUGGAAUAUACAGUAUUUUCCGACCGAUAUUGAUAAUAUGCGAUACGGAGCUCAUCCGAACCAUUUUAAUCAAGGAUUUUAAUUAUUUCACGGAUCGUGGUGUGCAUUGCAAUGAAAAUUAUGACCCGUUAUCUGGACAUCUAUUUGCCUUGCCAGGUCAAAAGUGGAAGAAUCUACGGGGAAAAUUGUCUCCUACAUUUACCUCAGGCAAGCUCAAAGCAAUGUUUUCCACGUUGGUUGAUUGCGGUGCCACAUUACAGAGUCAUUUAGAUAAAUUGGCGAACAAAAAUGAAUUGCUUGAUGUUCGAGAGAUCUCAGCCGCCCAUGCAACCAAUGUCAUUGCCUCCGUUGCGUUUGGAAUCGAAGCAGACACAAUUAAAAAUCCAAACAAUGACUUCCGUGUUUGUGGACGAACCAUCUUUGAAUCGAGCAUAAUGAAUGGAAUUCGAUUGUCGCUAAAUUUUAUCGCUCCGAAAAUGAUGUCAAUUCUACGCAUCAAAGUUGUGGACGGAAGUGUCGAAAAAUUCAUAAUGUCGGUGGUGAAAGACACUCUGCAAUAUCGUGAACAAAACAAUGUCAGUCGCAAGGAUUUCUUCCAACUUCUUAUACAGUUGAGAAACACCGGCACCGUGCAGUUGGACGAUCAAUGGGAGACGGUAAUCAAAGCUGACGAAAAGCAAAAGACAUUGAGCUUAAAUGAGAUUGCAGCCCAAUCAUUUGUCUUUUUCGCAGCUGGAUUUGAAACUUCAUCAACUACGUUAACAUUUUGUAUGUAUGAAUUGGCCAAACAUCCAGAGAUUCAGAAGCGAGUGCACGAGGAGAUUGACAGCGUUUUAGGUCAACACAACGGCAAAAUUACUUAUGACUCCGUGACUGAAAUGAGAUACCUGGAGGCCUGUAUUGAUGAAAUACUCCGCAAAUAUCCGAUAGUCCCACUACUAAAUCGUACGUGUACUAAAGAUUACAAAAUCCCGGGCACCGACAAGGUGAUCGAAAAGGGUACCGCGGUGUUUAUUCCCGUGUACGCACUGCAAAUGGACAAGAACUAUUACGAGCAACCAAACCAGUUCAAACCAGAACGAUUCCUUGAAGAAGGCUCGGCUGCAAAGAAUCUAGUGAAUAAACCAUACCUCCCCUUUGGCGAUGGACCGCGAAAUUGCAUAGGCAUGCGAUUGGGCAAAAUGCAAACAAAAGUCGGAUUGAUUUUGAUGUUGCAGAAAUUUCAAUAUGAAUUGGAGCCCAAACUUAUAAACCGCGAAAUGGAGUUCGAUCCAAAGCUAUUUUUGCUUUCUUCACGUGUCGGCAUUAAUUUGCGCAUUUUCAAGCGAUAAAAAUACAAUUUUCUAUAUGUUCUUUCCUAUCUAAUAGUGUAGACCUUCGCAGUUGUAAUAUUUGUCGAUAAGAAUCAAACAAAUCAGAAGUGAAUCUUUUGGUAUCGUGUGAAAUCAAUUAUGUGCACUAGAUAUAAAAUAGAUAAGGUACAAACAAAUAGCAUUGGAGAGUUUCAGUCAAAUACGUAUGAGUAAUGUCAGUCUUGGUGCAAAAGCUAAAAAUGUUCCAAAGUUUCAAUUUCAAUUGUAAAAAAUAUCGAGCCUCACCGAUAAUGUUCCAUUUCGAGCAACGACUCCAGUGUGUUGUUCAACCUGUGUGUGAUGCACCAUAAAUAGAAUGAUAAAUUAAACAUUAUUUCUUUUUCAUACCAGAAAA